CUACCUAUAUUCUACGCUAGUUUAGUGUUUCGACUUCAUUCUUGAGUACCGAAUCUUAAUGGAUUCUUGUUUUCCUGAAACACUUAAACAAACGUUAAGCUCUUAUAUUGUUUGUUAACAUCAAAACAUGAGGAUCCACUUUCCUCCAUUGCUUCUCCGUCUAUUCCAUCAUGUGCCUCACCCAUGCCUUAUCUCGAUGAUGACGAGGUUCUUGGGCGUCAAUUAUUACCAGCCAGGGGGUGUUCUUCAAGCUGCUGCUCGUGAUUCCAGACACCCAGUCGGCCAGCUACUGUCCGUGCCUCAAGCUGGUGACCGUGACUCAAACCAGCCGACGCCCAGUCCCACCGAUCCCCUCUCGGCAGUUUCUCCAGACAACCAGCCUGUACCCUCCACUGUGGCACUGACUUCUUCCAGCCCCAAUGAUCCCAUCCCAGUCGUCCCUUUGGAAGCACAGCCGGCUUCAUCCAGUCUGGCAGCGCCUACUGCCUUGGGACGCAGACAACGGCAUCGCACUCCUAAUGUCUGGCUGGCCGAUUAUCAAACAUAUACCGUCAAACAUGAUGUCGUUUCUACUUGUAAGUAUCCUCUGACACAUUACAUUGGAUAUGCUCGAUUUUCCCCUUAUCACAGGGACUUCCUAUCCGCAGUGGAUUCUGGAUAUGAACCGCAGCUUUACAAAGAUGCUGUGCGAUUUCCUCAUUGGCGGCAAGCAAUGUCGGAUGAGCUCUCUGCCCCAAUAGGAGUAUAUCACAAAUCUAACCCUACCGCAACCAUUCAACAAACCCGUAGAAGGAAAAGAAAUCCCUGAAUCCUGCAGCCCGCCCCUCCCUCUCCCAGUAAUCGGCCAAUUUGCAAAGCAGCUUCCUCGUCUGUUCUUGACCAGCCAUACGACGGACCGCCAUCUCCUCAGCUCUUCCUUCGACGAGCGACGGCCUCUACGUCGAAGUUUUGUCUCAGGUUGAAGAUUGAGGAUGUUUUUGCUAAUGGGUUUCUUCACCAACAUCUAGGAACUGCAAAAAUAAGUUGACAUACUGAAUAACUUAUUUUCCUAGUUUUUUUUAGAAUUUUUUUCUUUUUGGGUUAUAUGUUGUAAGAACAUUGCAUUUAAAUUUGUUGUUGGCUUGUUGAUGGAGUGUUGGACAAUUGACAAUUAAAAUGUUUGAUGCUAU